AUUUGUAGAUAAAAAAUCAAUUACAGAAUGCAUCGUGUGUUACAAUUGGGAAAAGACCGUUUUUCCAGGUGGAUUGCGAUCCAUUUGUCCUUAGUAAUGCUGUUAAGUUGUCCUGCAAGUUCACUGAGUCAAGAAGGAUUGUACCUCCUGGAGUUGAAAAACACCAUUAUCGAUCCCUAUAACUUUCUUUCGAGUUGGAAUUCUAGUGAUGAGACUCCUUGUAAUUGGUUUGGAGUGAAUUGCACAUCAGACAACCGUCAAGUCGUGUGGUCCCUCGAUUUAAACUCAAGAAAUCUUUCUGGCUCUAUAAGCUCCAGCAUUGGCCUUCUCUCCUUUCUAACAUAUCUCGAUCUUUCGUUUAAUGGGUUCACAGGGAGUAUCCCAAAGGAGAUUUCGAGAUGUUCAGGACUGGUAACUCUCAACUUGAACAAUAAUUAUUUCAAAGGAGAUUUUCCUGUGGAAUUGUGUACCCUGUCGAUGUUGACAAACGUAAAUAUAUGCAACAACCAUAUUACGGGUCCCAUUCCCGAGGAAUUCGGAAAUCUUACCUCUCUUGUUCAGUUUAUUGCGUACAGCAACAAUAUCACGGGUUCAGUGCCAAAGUCUUUGGGUAACUUGAGAAGCAUGAAAAUCUUUCGGGUGGGUCAAAAUGCAAUUACUGGAAGUUUACCAGCUGAGAUAAGCAAUUGUGUGAGCCUGGAGAUUCUUGGUCUCGCGCAAAACCAACUGGUAGGUAAUUUGCCUAAAGAACUCGGCAAGCUCAAGAACUUGACAGAUGUCAUUCUUUGGGGUAAUCAGUUUUCUGGAUUUAUACCAAAGGAGUUCGAGAACUGUACGAGUCUCCAGAUUCUUGCUUUGUACCAAAACAAUCUUGUUGGAAGAAUUCCUCCCGAACUCGGGAAUAUGCAGUCUCUAAGGAAGCUGUACUUGUACAGAAAUCGAUUGAAUGGAACUAUUCCGAGGGAAAUAGGGAAUCUUAGCUCAGGAACAGAAAUCGAUUUCUCGGAGAAUAAUUUAUCUGGGGAGAUUCCAUGGGAAUUGUCCCGAGUGAAGGGUCUGCAAUUGCUCUUCUUGUUUGAGAAUGAGCUUAGUGGCGUUAUCCCAGCCGAACUUAGUAAUUUGGGGAAUUUAACGAAGUUAGACUUGUCGAUGAACCAACUUAAUGGUCCCAUACCAUCUAGCUUCCAAUAUUUUCCUAGCAUUCGACAGUUAUACUUUUUUGAUAAUAAUCUGAGUGGUGUCAUACCACAGGGCCUCGGCUUUCACAGUGUGCUUUGGGCCGUCGAUUUUAGCAACAAUCAGUUAACGGGUAAAAUCCCUCCGUUUAUUUGUCAAAAUUCUAACUUGAUUCUCCUAAAUCUUGCAUCAAACAAGUUGUCUGGAAGAAUCCCUUCAGACAUUGUCAACUGCACUUCUUUAGUUCGGCUUUGCCUCACUGGUAAUAAAUUUAACGGGAUAUUCCCUUCUGAUAUAUGUAAAUUACCCAACAUCUCUAGUAUUGAGUUGGGACAGAACAAUUUUACUGGUCCCUUAAGUCCAGAAGUUGGAAACUGUCAGAAAAUACAGAGGCUUGAUUUGUCAGGAAAUUACUUCACAUCUGAGCUGCCGAAGGAGAUUGGGAACUUGCAGCAGCUCGUGUCUUUUAAUAUUUCGUCAAACUCUUUCAGUGGAUACAUACCACGUGAAAUUGGCAACUGCAAGGCUUUACAAAGGCUCGAUCUUAGCCGGAACCAGUUUUUCGGUACAAUACCAAAUGAGAUAGGGACUCUUUAUAUGCUUGAACGUCUUAUUUUAUCGGAUAAUAAGUUUUCCGGAAAUAUACCCGUGAGCUUGGGAAAUCUCUCUCGUCUGACCGAACUGCAGAUUGGUGGGAAUUCAUUAUCUUAUGCAAUACCAGUGGAGUUGGGCAAUCUUGUCAGUCUGCAAAUUGCACUGAACCUGAGUUAUAAUAAUUUAACCGGUAACAUACCACCAGAGCUCGGGAACUUUAUUUUGUUGGAGUACAUUUUUCUCAACAACAAUCACUUGAGUGGCGGCAUUCCAAGCUCGUUUGGAAGUCUCACGAGCCUUCUCGGCUGCAAUUUCUCGUACAACGACUUAACGGGCCCUCUGCCUUCUUCGCCACUGUUUAAGAACAUGAGUGCCACUAGCUUUAUCGGGAACAACGGGCUUUGUGGGGGCCCGCUUGGCAUUUGUUAUGUUUACACUGAUAAUCCUCCUACUUUCGAAAGCAAUGGUUCGACUCGGAGGAAAAUCAUCACCGUAAUUGCCUUUUCCAUAGGUUUCAUCUCUCUUGUCCUGAUAAUAGUUCUCUUGUACGUGAUGAAGUAUCGAAAUCCGGUUAGAAUCCCUUCUCUUAGAGAAAAGCCUGUGGAGCCCGACGUAUAUUUCCCUCCAAAAGACGGUUUUACCCUUCGUGACCUGGUUGAGGCCACGAACAACUUUGACGAGACUUUCGUUAUUGGGAGAGGGGCAGCUGGGACGGUCUACAAGGCAGUCUUGCAGUCGAUUCAAGUGAUUGCUGUUAAGAAACUCAGUUCCAAUAGAGAAGGGAACAGUAACAAUAACGUUGACAACACAUUUCGUGCGGAGAUUUCGACGCUUGGUAAUAUCAGGCACCGUAAUAUUGUGAAGCUGUACGGUUUUGUUUAUCACCAGGGCUCGAAUCUUCUUUUCUACGAGUACAUGGAGAGGGGCAGUUUGGGCGAGUGGCUUCAUGGGCUGGGUUGUGAGCUGGAUUGGGCCACGCGUUUUAGGAUUGCUCUUGGGGCUGCAGAGGGUCUUGCUUAUCUGCAUCACGACUGCAGGCCCAGGAUUAUUCAUCGGGACAUUAAAUCGAACAAUAUAUUGCUUGACGAUAAGUUUGAAGCUCAUGUGGGUGAUUUUGGGUUGGCUAAAGUGAUUGAUAUGCCGCAGUCGAAGACGAUGUCAGCAGUGGCUGGGUCGUACGGUUAUAUAGCGCCUGAAUAUGCCUACACUAUGAAGGUGACAGAAAAAUGCGACGUUUACAGUUAUGGAGUGGUUCUUUUGGAGUUGUUAACCGGAAAAACCCCUGUGCAGCCUCUCGAUGAUGGUGGGGACCUCGUCUCACUUGUGAAGAACUAUGUCCGAGUUCACUCUUUGUCCCCAGGAAUACUCGAUAACCGUUUGAAUCUGGAAGAUCAAACUUGUGUUGGUCACAUGAUUAAUGUUUUGAAAAUUGCACUUAUCUGCACAAGNCACAAUUGUAAAUGA